AACAGAUAAUUAUUCGGUCCAUAUUUAGGGUAAAAUGCUCCCUAAAAUAGGCUUGUUUAUUCAAGAUUCAAACUCGAGACGUCUAAUUACCACCCGCCACAACCCUGGUUGCUUUGAGCACUUAUUAUAUUACAUGUUGACUUUAAAGACUUUGAUACAAUAAAAGGGGAAACUUUUAAAGAACUGUUAGAAAUUUUAGCUGAAAGUAAUAAUGGAUUCCUCUGUUGAGCAGCAAAAAGUUUCUGUGAAGAAGAUGACUAAACAGUUAACAGGAAAAAGAGGAGACACACAAAUCCAUUCAGUUGUAAGAAGUGGGAAUCUUGAAUUGGCUUUAGAGAUCAUUAAUGGAUGUGAUGAAGGAGAAUUGGUUGAAUUGUUGUCUAAACAGAACCAAUCUAGUGAAACUGCUCUUUAUGUUGCUGCUGAAUCUGGUCAUUUGGUUUUAGUGAAAGAGUUGAUCAAGUAUUAUGAUAUUGGUUCAGCUGGUAUAAAGGCUAGAAAUGGAUAUGAUGCAUUUCAUGUUGCUGCUAAACAGGGUGAUUUUGAAAUGGUGAAGGUACUAUUGGAGGCAUUUCCUCAGCUAUCAGUUACAUUUGACCAGUCAAAUUCCACAGCACUGCACACUGCUUCUGCACAAGGCCAUAUUGAAGUUGUCAAUUUCCUGUUGGAGACUAAUAGCAGUUUAGCCACAAUACCGAAGAACAAUGGCAAAACGGCGCUUCAUGCUUCAGCAAGAAAUGGGCAUGUUGCAGUUGUGAAGGCGCUUUUAAGCAAAGAAGAAGGGAUUCUAAAUUGGAGAGAUAAAAAGGGACAGACUGCUCUUCAUAUGGCUGUCAAAGGCCAAAGUGUUGAUGUGGUUAAUGAGCUUAUUCAAUCAGAUUCUACUUUGGCUACAAUUAUUGAUGGAAAGGGUAAUACUGCCUUGCAUAUUGCAACGCGAAAAGGCCGCAUAGAGAUCGUUCAAGCAUUGGUGAAGGACAAAAGAAUGAAGUGGGAUGCGAUUAAUAAAUCUGGUGAGACAGCUCUUGACACUGCUGAGAAAGCACGAAAUUCAGAGAUAGCAACAAUUCUAAAAGAACAUGGUGUCCUGACUGCAAAGGACAUGAAACUAGCAUUACCAACACGUUCAGCCAAAGAACUGAAACAAAGUGUUAGUGACAUAAAACACGAUGUUCACUACCAGCUCGAGCACACUUUCCAAACACAAAAAAGAGUGAAAAACAUAGCGAAGCGCCUCAACAAAAUGCACUCGGAAGGGCUCAACAACGCAAUAAGUUCCACCACGGUCGUCGCCGUUCUUAUUGCCACCGUUGCUUUUGCUGCCAUAUUUAAUCUACCAGGUCAAUAUACCGACAACCCUAAGAAUAUACCUCCCGGAUACUCAUUAGGAGAAGGAAGGAUUGCUCCUCAACCGCCUUUCGUGAUUUUCUUCAUAUUCGACUCUCUUGCACUCUUCAUAUCAUUAGCUGUCGUGGUGGUUCAAACAUCAAUUGUGGUCGUUGAAAGACGAGCCAAAAAGCAAAUGAUGUCAAUUAUCAACAAGCUAAUGUGGAUGGCUUGUGUAUUCGUGUCCGUAGCGUAUCUUGCAUUGUCUUAUAUAGUUGUAGGUAAAGAAGAGAGAUGGAUGGCAAGUGCAGUAGCUUCUAUGGGAACUUUUAUAAUGGUCGCAACGCUAGGGACACUGUGUUAUUGGGUAGUUAUGCAUCGGAUUGAGUCUUCGAAUUUGAGAAGUCAACGGAAAUCCGCUCGGAGUAGCAAAUCGUUGUCACGGUCCAUAUCGGUCAUGUCAGAAUUAGAGAUCCCUGAAGACGAGUAUAAGAAACUAUAUGCUAUAUAGUUCUUCUAUGCCUUGUAUCUAGCUGUUAGCCAAUGUAUAUUCUUGUGUUAUUAUAAUUUUUGAUCCUUACACUUCAAGCUUCAAUGCAGUUGCUCUAGUUUUUUGUGGUAUAUGAGCAAGAUAAUGGGAAGCGUAGGAUUUUUAGCA